UUCACACUGCCCGUUUACGAUCAUGGCAGCCACCAGGAUUUCACACUUUCUCAUGUGAAUUUUAUUUUUUAUAUACACCUUCAGACAGAAGCCAUGGAGGAAGUAGAGUCGGCGGAGGAACUUUUGACGAAACAACAUCGUAAAGAGAAGAAGGACUUGCAGGCCAAAAUCCAGAGCAUGAAAAAUGCUGUCCCCAAGAAUGACAAAAAGAGAAGAAAACAGCUGGUAGAGGACAUCGCCAAGCUGGAGGCUGAACUCACUCAAAAACACGAGGAUGAACUUAAGCAACUAAACAAUAACAAGGGUGAAGAUAAGGUUGACACAGUUGCAAAUGGAGUCGAGAACCUGGUUUUGGACAAUGAAGAACAAAAGGAAGCAAAGCAAGUUAGACCUUCCAAGGCACAGAAGAGACGGGAUAAGAAGGCCGCCCUGGAGAGGGAGAGGGAAAACAGGAUUGCCGAGGCUGAGGUGGAGAACCUGUCGGGUUUCCGGCACCAGGAGGGCUUGAAGCUGGCUCAGAAGCUGGCCGAGAGGCAGCUUCAGAUCAAGGAGAUCUCGUCGGACGGGCACUGCAUGUACCGCGCCGUGGAGGACCAGCUGGCGGGGCGUGGCCAGGCCCUGGGCCUGGUGCAGCUUCGCGCCCUCACCGCCCAGCAAAUGAGGAGCAACGCCGAUGACUUCCUGCCCUUCCUCACCAACCCCAACACUGGGGACAUAUACACAGCCGAUGAGUUUGAGAAGUACUGCAGAGAUGUGGAGAGCACAGCAGCCUGGGGUGGGCAGCUUGAGCUGCGGGCUUUGACACAAGUCCUUCAGAUGCCAAUAGAGGUCAUUCAGGCUGAAUCUCCUGAAAUAGUGAUUGGGGAAGAGUACAAGAAGACACCAAUCACUCUUGUAUACAUGCGUCACGCCUACGGGCUGGGAGAGCACUACAACUCCGUGGAGCCUCUGAAGGAAGCGACCAAUGAGGAGGAGAGCUGAAAUUCCCAACUGCGCCAAUCUGUCCCCUGCAUCAUUCUGAGGAAUAUUUAGAGUUACUGUAUAGCUAGCUGUGUCUCCCAGGGGUGAGAGAGGAACGAAGUGACCGUUGAACCAUGUUUUCCCCUCAAACAGCGGUUACGGUGAAUAAAAAGUUUCCUUUGAGGUGAACUGUAAAGAGGAUCCGAUAAUGGAUUUUGUAAGUUCUUCUCAGAGACUAGUCAUGCCAUUUUGGAAAAAUAUGUGUAAUUACAUGCUAGGUUUUGGCAACGUGCCAUUUUAUAUGUUGCCGGCCAAAACCAGGUACCGUGUGUACGUUAUGACAGCAUUGUAUCUUGCAAUUAAAGUCGUAAACGAUGGGUUUGUUUUGGUUUAGCUCAACAUUUGUGAAGUCAGGCUGCCCUUCACACAGAAAAAGAUUUUUCAGUGAAACCAUGAGUACCAUGCAAAUGUGAGACGCGCAAGCUGAAAUUACAGAAAAGGAUGCAUCUACUGUCAUCAAACUGACACACCGUGCUUAAGUCGAGCCAUUACUGAAAUGUCAAACUGUCUGGGCGUGUUUCAUAUCCUCACCAACAAAAUAAAUGUCUGCCAGUUAAAAAAGAAA